AUGGCCGACCUCCAGGGACGCAAGAUCUUCAAGGUCUUCAACCCAAGAUUUCAUCGUCGACGAGCGCUACACCGUUACGAAGGAGCUAGCGCCGCCGUCAACAGUGGAAGCAACGAGGGCGUCGCCAUCAAGAAGGUCACCAAUGUCUUCAGCAAGAAGAUCCUCGCCAAGCGCGCCCUCCGCGAGAUUAAGCUCCUCCAGCAUUUUAGGGGCCACCGAAACAUCACUUGUCUCUACGACAUGGAUAUUCCCCGCCCCGACAACUUUAACGAAACGUACCUCUACGAGGAGUUGAUGGAGUGCGACUUGGCCGCCAUCAUUCGCUCUGGCCAGCCCCUGACCGAUGCUCACUUCCAGUCCUUCAUUUAUCAGAUCUUGUGUGGUUUGAAAUACAUCCACUCCGCCAAUGUGCUUCACCGUGACUUGAAGCCCGGCAACUUGCUGGUCAAUGCCGACUGCGAGCUCAAGAUUUGCGACUUUGGCCUGGCUCGCGGCUUCUCCGUCGAUCCCGAGGAGAACGCUGGGUACAUGACCGAGUAUGUCGCCACGCGUUGGUACCGCGCGCCCGAGAUUAUGCUGAGCUUCCAGAGCUACACCAAAGCUAUUGAUGUCUGGUCCGUUGGCUGCAUCCUUGCCGAGCUUUUGGGCGGCCGCCCCUUCUUCAAGGGCCGCGACUACGUCGACCAGCUGAACCAGAUUCUUCACAUCCUCGGUACCCCCAACGAGGAGACGCUUUCCAGGAUUGGCUCCCCGCGUGCGCAAGAGUACGUGCGCAACUUGCCGUUCAUGACCAAGAAGCCGUUCCCCCAACUCUUCCCCCAGGCGAACCCUGACGCGCUUGACCUGCUCGACCGCAUGCUUGCUUUCGACCCCUCAAGCCGCAUCAGCGUCGACCAGGCUCUCGAGCACCCGUAUCUCCACAUUUGGCAUGAUGCCUCCGACGAGCCCGAUUGCAAGACGACAUUCAACUUUGACUUUGAGGUCGUCGACGACGUUGGUGAGAUGCGCAAGAUGAUCCUCGAGGAGGUGUACCGCUUCCGUCAGUUUGUCCGCACCGUCCCCGGCGGCGGUCAGGGAGGCACGCAGGCCGCCCAGCAGGCCGCCGCUGGCCAGGUGCCCAUCCCUUCGGGCCAUGGCCAGUGGAGUACCGAAGACCCCAGGCCGCAGGAAUACCAGGCCCACGGCGGAGGUCUGGAGGCCGACCUCGCAGGCGGACUCGACCACCGAAGGUGA